AUGUCUCAAACAAAGAUCCUGAUCCUUGGAACUACGGGCUAUAUCGGCGGAAGCAUUCUUACAGACCUGCAGAAGUCGAAGAAUGCAUCGAAGUAUUCUAUCUCUGCACUUGUUCGCAACGAAGAACAUGUGUCAAAGCUCAAGACUCGAGCCAUCGAAUCUAUCUUGUUCAAAGGCUUAGAUGAUUUGGACACCAUCAAGAAGGCUGCGAGUGAACAUGACAUCGUCAUCAAUGCAGCAUCGGCUAGUCAUGACAAGUCAGCUUCCGCCAUUAUCCAGGGACUCGCGGAGAGAAAGCAGCAUACUGGACGUGCGGUUCAGUACAUCCAUACUUCUGGAACCUCGAUUCUCGGCGAUCAACCCAUUUCUGGAAAGAAGGUUGACCUUGGCGUCUACUCCGAUGCAAUCGAUGAUAUCUAUGAGUACGAAAAGAGCCGGGGUCCAUACGGCCAACGUAUCACCGAUAUUGUUGUGAUUGAAACCGGAGAGAAACUGGACGUUCCAACUUACAUUGUUGUUCCGCCAACUAUCUAUGGCGAAGGCAAUGGCCCUGUCGCCACGAUAUCCCAACAGGUCCCUAACCUCGCGCGCGAGGCUAUCAAGGGAAAACAGGCAAUUGUGAUCGGCAAUGGGGAUGGAAUCUGGAACCACGUCCACAUUCUUGAUCUCGCCCCAUUAUACACCUUGAUUCUUGAAGGCAUCUUGGCUAGCCGCCCGGAUCUCCCAUCUGGACGGAAAGGCAUCUUCUUUGCCGAGACAGGAGAGCAUACCUGGCUAGAUGUAUCUCGUGGAAUUGCAGAUGCCUGUUUCGCUCGAGGCCUGUGCUCCACCAAGGACGUCAGAAAGAUUGACCUCACAGAGGCGGCCCCGAUUGUUGGAGGUAGUGAGGAUCUUGUGGAGAUUGUGUUGGCCAGCAAUGCAAGAUCACGCGCAGAUUUGAGCAGAAAGCUGGGAUGGAAGCCGACCAGAGAUGAUGCUGAUUUCCACAAGCACUUUGAUGAGGUGGUUGCUGCUGUUGCUCGAGAAUUCAAGUAA